AUGAAACCAGAAACUUUAGUUAUGCAAAUAAUAGACGUUGUUGAAACAGAUUCCCCAACUGAAAUAACUUUCAACGGUAAAAAAUUCAGUAUAACUAAAAAACUUAUUGAUAAAUACAAAUAUUGUAAAGUUAGAGACGAUAUAGAUUUAGAAAGAAUUGAUACAAAUGUAAAAAAAGGUGGAUUUAUAUUUUCCCUACCUUUAAUAUUUGCUGGUAUUACCGCAGCGGCUACAGUGGCUGGUACUACAGCUGGUGGAGUAAGCGUUGCCAACGAAAAGAAAGCUGCUAUUGCAAAAACUGCUGCUACAAAAGCUGCCGAAGAAAAGAAAGCAGCCGAAGAACAUAGACACAAUUUAGCAUUGGAAAAGUUGGCAGCAGAGGGUAAAAAACCUAAAACGGAAAAGAAAGGUUCAGGAGUGGGAGAUAUGAUAGGCACAAUGAAAGAAUUUGGAAAAGAUUUGGUGAAGAAACCAAGAAAACUGUUAAACAAGGAUUAA